AUGGUGUCCUCUGAAUCAGCGAGAACGUCUGAAGAAGUGGUGAAUAUUCAGGAACUCAUGAAGAAACCACUGACUUCAGUUCCUCAACGCUACGUUCAACGACAGUACUAUAAUGAACCCUCACUUUUCCCAGAUGAAACCAUUUCUCAAGCUCUCCCCACCAUCAACUUCAAAAAACUGAUCCACGGAGAAGACACAGAACUUGAGCUAGAGAAAUUGAACUCAGCUUGUCGGGAUUGGGGUUUCUUUCAGUUGGUGGAGCAUGGAAUAAGCCCUCUAGUUCUGAAAACGCUAAAAGAUGAAGUUGAAGGAUUCUUCAUGCUCCCCUUGGAGGAAAAGAUGAAAUACAAGAUAAGUCCAGGUGAUGUUGAAGGCUACGGAACUGUGAUUAGACCAGAGGAUAAACAACUUGAUUGGGGCGAUAGGUUGUAUUUUAAAACCAACCCUCGUAGUAUAAGAAAGCCACAUCUUUUACCACAGUUCCCUUCGUCACUCAGAACUAUCUUAGAGUUAUACAUCGAGGAACUGCAAAAUCUUGCUAUGAGACUUGUGGGGUUGCUCGGGAAAGCACUGAAGAUAGAGAAGAGAGAGGUGGAUGUGUUCGAGGAUGGGGUACAAAAUAUGAGGAUGACAUACUACCCUCCGUGCCCUCAACCAGAGUUAGUAAUGGGACUUUCUGCUCAUUCUGAUGCAUCAGGAAUCACCAUUCUUAACCAAAUUAAUGGAGUGAAUGGCCUGCAGAUUAAGAAAGAUGGAGUUUGGAUUCCAGUGAACGCCAUCUCAGAUGCCCUUGUUGUCAACAUUGGAGACAUUCUAGAGAUUAUGAGCAAUGGAGGAUACAAAAGCGUUGAGCACAGGGCAACGGUGAAUUCAGAAAAGGAAAGGAUUUCCGUGGCUAUGUUCUAUCUCCCCAAGUUUCAAUCUGAGAUUGGACCUGCACUCAGCCUCACAAACCCAGAAAACCCCCCUCUAUUCAAAAGAAUUGGAGUGGAGAAAUAUAUCCAAGAUUACUUCACUCGGAAGGUGGAUGGAAAGUCCUAUUUGGAGUUUAUGAGAAUCUCAAAUCAUACUGUUACCCACGCCUCUGUCUAG